CACAACAAACAUGGCGGCGCCCUCAGUGUUGGAGAAGUCAACGAUGUUGUUAUGUUAAUUUUAAAGCAGAAGACACCACCGUAGUUUAGUUUUUGUUUGUUCUUUUAUCGUCUGGGCUCCUGCUUCAGCUGCACAUAGAGAUGGGCCUGGAACGCGUGCUGUGCGGGGCGCUGCGGGGCUGCGGGACACACGUCGGCCUCGGUAAUAUUCAGAAGACACUCCGGGGGCUCGCUGCCGUGUCGGCACACGGUCUGCGGGGCAGCGGCGCGUCUAGCCGGGGCGGUGCCUCCGGGCUGCUCACUGGGCUGCUUGUCCGCACGAACCACCAGCUGGCAGCCCGCCGCAGUCUCACCUCCGCCCAGCCCUCCAGAGAUGUCACCUUGUUCGAGCACGACAGGACCCGCUUCUUCCGGCUGCUGUCGGUCUUCUGCGGCGGGCAGCUCGUCUUCUGGACCUACCUGGCUCACUUCGCCUACACCGGACUCAGAGACACGAGCGGCUCUGCGGACAAGGGGAAAGCCAAGGCGGCCCCCACCGCCACGGGGCUGGCGGGGAUGUGGAGCUUCGAGAUGAACCUGGGCUCGAACGCAUGGCGGUACGGCUUCACGCUGGGGUGCCUGACCAUCGGGGCGGGGAUAGUUGGGCUCGGAGCUCUGUUCAGCCUGCGCUCUGUCAGCAGAGUGGUUUUACACCAAGGUGGGAAGAUGGUGACAGUCUGCACUCAGUCACCCCUGGGCCUGGAGAGAGGCCGCAGAGUCACCGUCCCCCUGUCCCAGGUGGCCUGUCACGCUCACAGACAGGAGUCUCCCUCAUUCAUCCCGCUCAGAGUCAAAGGACACAAGUUCUACUUCCUCCUGGACAAAGAAGGGACUGUGAACAACGCCAGGUUGUUUGAUAUCACUGUCGGGGCAUACCGGCAGAUUUGAUCUGCCAUUAAUACCCAGUAUGGACAUUAAGAACUAAUGAAACACCUUCCACACUUCCGCUUUGACACGACUGUCAAACAAAUACAGCAGUGUGUCUUUUUCUAUCUGCUUUCAAAUUAAUAAAAUAUCUGAUUUUGA